AGAUUCGUGUAUGCAUAUGCGAGCAUAUUGGAGAAACUGUGUUUGGAAGAUCGUGUUGAUGACGUAAGAUUGACAAGCCCCACUACCACGACAGAGAUCAGGCCAAGGUAUCAAAGUCUCUGUCGAAGAAAUUGUUCCAGACAGUCUGCUUCUUCCUUUCAGAAAGGGCCAGUCUGCAAGGAUGAAAGUAUUAUUUUUUGCCGCUGUUGCGGCAUUCUGUGCUCAAUCGGUACUCAGCGUUGAUACUCAUGAACAUAAUAAAGUUGUGUGCUUCUGGAACAGCACAGCCUACGAAAGACAAGGACCAGGGAAAUUCCAGCUGGAGGAUGUACGUCCGGCACUCUCCCUUUGCACUCAUUUGAUCUAUGGAUUUGCUGGGAUCACUGCUGAUAAGUUUGAAGUUGUCUCAUUGAAUCCUAAUCUCGACACUGGUGCUGGAUAUGCUUACUACAGGCUGGCCACACAGUUGAAGAGAUCCUUCCCAGAGUUGAAAAUUUACCUUAGUAUCGGUGGCAAUGCUGAUCCUGAAGAGGAAACUCACAAAUACCUUGUUCUUACGGAGACAUCGGAGUCAAGAUCCAAGUUCAUCAACUCUGUACAGAGGCUCCUUAAUGAUUAUGAGUUCGAUGGAAUUGACCUAGCGUGGCAGUUCCCUCCAGUGAAAGUCAAGAAGCAACGCAGCACACUUGGUUCAUUCUGGCAUGGAGUUAAAAAGACCUUUGGCUAUGGGAAAUUCAAGGAUGACAAGGAACAGGAGCACCGUGAUGGUUUCACCAUCUUGGUCCGUGAUCUGAAGGCUCAGCUUAGACCUAGGAUGAAGGCUUUGACUGUCACUGUUCUGCCUCACGUGAACAGCAGUAUUUACUAUGACGCAAGACUGUUAGCACCUAACAUCGACGCUGUACACCUAAUGACUUUCGACCAGAAGACGCCGGAACGCAAUCCUCAGGAGGGCGAUUAUCCUGCACCAAUUUACGAAAGCUAUGGUCGCGUCCCUCAGGACAACGUUGAUGCAACAACCAGUAUUAAUUCUACUUCAAGGUAUUGGCUUGACAACGGCACACCAGGCACAAAGAUUGUUGUGGGCAUCCCAGCAUUUGCCAGGACAUGGAAACUAACCUCUGACAGCCAGAUAUCAGGAGUUCCACCUAUUGUUGCUGAUGGUCCAGGAGCAGAAGGACCACACACGAAUAUACCAGGCCUUCUCUCUUAUUCAGAGGUGUGUGCUCGUUUGACUGAAAGUGCUGUUGGUCGCUUGAGACGAGUCAGUGACCCAUCCAAGAAGUAUGGUAGCUAUUCCUUCCAAGGGUAUGAUGAGAACACAGGUGCAGAUGGAAUCUGGGUUGGGUAUGAAGAUCCUGAUACAGCUGGGAACAAGGCUGCCUACGCUAAAGCGAAGGGCUUGGGAGGUGUAGCUAUUUAUGAUUUAUCCUUGGAUGACUUCAGGGGAGUCUGUACUGGAGACAAAUUCCCCAUUGUCAGGGGUGCUAAGUAUAAGUUGUAAGGAGUGAUUAGAGACUGAGGAUGAAUGCUAAGAAAAACUGAAGAUGCCAAUUUGAAAGUCUAAUGGAAAACUCCCAUUAUUUUCUUAUCUCUUGACAUGUUUCUUCAAAAUUUAAAUGCUCCUUAGAGGAAGAAAUAUCUGCAUUGUUUGCUUCCUACUUUUUAUAUAUCUGAUAUUUCUAGUUCCUUGUGCGCAUUAUACAUGGAUUGAAGAUUUUGUUAUUCUGUUGCAUGAUUGAGCAAGUGGAAUGAUGUAUUGUCAAAGUGAUAUGUACAAAUAAAAGUCAUACUUUUUCAAAU